GGGGCCGGCGCAGGGCUGUCGAUGGCGGGCGAGCGCAGCCGCCGCUGAGUUGGUGAGCGCAGGCGGGUGCGGGGGCCGCUGAGGGAGUGGUACCCCGUGGGAGCUCCGGAGAACUCCGGUUUGCAAAUACCGCAGGGGAGCGUUUUGUAGCGCUUAGUGCGGCGUGGAGCGCUCUCCAGUUCCUAGCGAGUCAAAGCGGCCUAAUCCAGUUUGCUCAGCAACAUGCUCUGCAGCUUCGAUGGAAGCUACAGCGACAGAGAUAGAGAAGAUCACUGUUCAGAAGUUUAGAGGCUCAGUGACCAUCAGGGUGCCUAAGGACCCUCCCAGAGCACCGUCUGAGACUAACUGUGCAGACUCAAGCGACUACUCUUAAACCUCCUUCAGCACUUGAAGCCUGGUGAAACAAUCUGAUGGCAGCUCAGAUGACCAAUGCUCAUCGACGGUUCUUGCAGGUUUUGAUGUCUAAUGGGAUAACGGAAGGAUCAGAGGCUAGAAAAUUACACCAGCACUGCUGUGAAACUGAUAAAGUUUACUAUGCACACGAUAAACUGGAUGAUUUCAUCAGCACUAUUAAUAGCCACCUGCAGCCUUUGUUUAUGCAGAUCCGGAAAGGAAUAUCAGAAGAUGAUGGAAGAGCACAUUAUGCUGUAGUGAAUUUGGCGGAAACUGAAAUAACUAAAAUGGCAUCUGACUAUACAGAAAUUGAAUUGGAAUUGUUCAGAAAAACAAUGGACCUAAUAAUUUUAUCAGAAAAUGGCUUUGCCUCAUCUACAGAUAUAUUAAACUUGGCUGACCAACUUAAGUCAAAGAAAAUGAAGAAAAAGGAAGCGGAACAAGUGCUGAAAGUUUUUGUAGAGGAUAAGUGGCUCUCUGAGAAAAAUGGAGAAUAUACUCUGCAUACUCGUUGCAUAAUUGAGAUGGAACAGUACAUUCUCAGCAACUACCAGGAUGUGGCAAGGAAAUGUAACAUCUGUCACAGCCUCGCCAUCCAGAGCCAAGUAUGUGAAUCCUGUGGAAUUGGAAUGCACUUACCUUGUGUCAGAAAGUACUUCAGAGGCCAGACUGAACCCCGCUGUCCCAAGUGUAAUGAAUCCUGGUCUUGUGACAACCCAGUUUUCUUUACAGGUAUGAAUCGGAUGGGGUCCCAGACUUACCACAGAGCUCCACUCUUGGCCUUAGAUGAUGCCAGUAAAACUUGAUGUCAGUGACAUCUGUUUGCCCCCAAUCUGGCAGAACAGCCAGACUGUAUUGUAUUCAUUAGUAAACAGUGCUCAGUGUACUCAUUUUCUGAAGUACUAAGAAUCUUAUAAUAAAACUGUCAUUGAUGUUCCUGUU